GGGAGCAUGAACCGAAGCCAUCGCUCGAAGAGUGUGCGCUACAGCACCGCACCAAGCCCUGGUGAACGACUGCGUUCCGUCAAGCGGAAUCUUAGACGUGUCUCAUUGCGGGUGGUAAACUUUGCGGGUGUCGGUUUAGAAGAGAAGGUGCGAGGUGUACGUCUUCCGGAUGACGAAUUCGGAGGAAAAAGAACGCGCGGUAAGGAACGUGCACGCGAAGACGUAGCAGAUUACGAAGCUAUCGAAAACGAGGAAGAAGAACUUCCUGACCUUGCAGCGAGGCUACCCAUCCGGGGGCGGACUUUAGGCUUCCUUAAUUCCACUAGUCGAAUACGACUAGCCAUGUUUCGUUUUCUUGCUCAUUCCUGGACCGAACCCAUUAUCCUCCUUCUUAUCGUUUUCAAUGCCAUCGUACUUACAGUUCAGGCUGCGCGCUCGUUCACUCUCCCUGAUGACUCCUCUAAUGACCCCUUACCUGCUCCUAUUCGCGGGUAUUUUCAUUUCUGGGAAGAUUAUGCGUUAUUCGUCCUUUUCAUUUUAUUCACGUUGGAGGCGUUUGCACGUAUUGCUACUACCGGGUUCGUUUUAGACCCAGAGGUGCCCACUUCAGCACUUUACAGAGGACUUUUCACGUACUCUCCCUCACCCGUUGUCUCGCGCGAUGCGCAACCCUCCUUCCCCAUGUCACAAUCGACCUCUUUCGCAUCGAGCCUGGCUCGAAGUGGUUCUCAACGGAGCGGUGGACCGAGAUUAAACUCAAUUUUCCAUCAACUACGCGAAAACAUCGUGCGUCCAUUUGCACUCGCGCAUCAUCAGACUUCACCUGGGUCCAUACCAGUCUCGCUAUCCACUACGCUCGAACCUUCUUCUGUGGUCGUUGGUGCUGGGAGGCAGUCAUCCGCAAGAGGCAAGUCGGGAAAGGAGUAUCUCGGACUACCGUUCCGAUUGACGGUCUACACCGCGCAGGAUCACGUCACUCGAAACGUGCCCUAUCUUCGCCACUCGUGGAAUCGGAUAGACUUUAUUGCGAUAAUUUCCUUCUGGAUUACAUUUAUCCUAGCGGAAUCGUUUCAGGGUUCUUUUAGGCGAUCGUGCUUCUUGCAAACGGCAUCGGGACUUGAGAUCAACCUUGAACAACGCUGCGGUGGUUUCAUAGACCCGACCUCUUUAAAUGUUACAGCGUUCGUUAAAUUGGAUGGGACAACCAGCACAUCUUCGAAGGGUUACAUCUGCCCGUUGGGUCAAGUCUGCAGGGAAGCACAAAAUCCAAAUGCAAACGUACAGAGCUUCGACACGAUAUAUUUUGCAGCGCUAGAAGUUGUCAUUGUUGCAUCCGCGAAUGGGUGGUCGCAAAUGAUGUAUUCUAUGAUCGACGCGGAGUUUUUCGUCUCCUGCUUCUUUUUUAUCAUUUGUAUUGUCGUGUUGAACUUCUGGCUUAUCAACCUUUUCGUUGCUGUCAUUACAAACACUUUCUCGGCUAUUCGGAAGGACACGCAGAAGAGUGCGUUUGGUGCUGCACCUCUGGGGCCGAUCGUUCUCGAUAAUGACGAUGAUUAUAGCGUGCUUGACGGACGAACUAGGUCGGGUACCAGCUCAGUCAAGGAAUGGUAUGACCGCACGAAAUGGAUUUGGGUCCUCUUUGCUCUUGCCUCUGUAGUCCUACAAGCGACUCGUUCUGCUGAAUCUUCCGAAGAGCAUCUCCGCAUCCUAGAGUGGGGCGAGCUUGCUCUGACCUUUCUUUUCGAUGUUGAUAUUGUCUGGCGAUUCCUCGGCUACCUUCCACGCUGGCGUAAUUUUUUCGAUCACGGAAAUAACUGGCUUGAUCUGCUCUUAGCAAUUGGAUGUACUAUUAUCCAGCUUCCUGCUAUCCGUGAUUCGACUGUCUAUCCGUGGUUAACGAUUUUUCAACUCAUGCGGUUCUAUCGUGUGAUUCUGGAGGUACCGAGAAUGCGACCAUUAUUGCUUACUGUAUUUGGGAACUUGUAUGGUUUGGUCAAUAUGUCCUUGUUUCUUAUCCUUGCGAAUUAUGUCGCGGCACUAGUUGGUGUACAACUUUUGCGUGGCGAUAUGUCCAGCAGCGUGAACAUGAAUUUUAAGGAAAUCUACAAUUCCUUUCUCGCCAUGUAUCAGGUAUUCUCCUCUGAGAACUGGACGGAUGUUUUAUUCGGCUCUUCGGUCGCAGAAGUGCCGUUAGGACAAUCUGCACUUGUCGCGUUGUUCAUAACUAUAUGGUUCCUCUUCGCAAACUUCAUUCUCUUGCAGCUUUUCAUCGCUGUUAUAAACGAGAACUUCGAUGUUGCGGAGGAAUUGAAAAAGGGUAAACAGGCGACGAAUUAUUAUGCGACACAACAGCCUGUUCAGGCUUCUCCGGCAUGGCUGAGGCGGCUGAACCCAUAUCGUUGGUUCAAGGCCAAUCCGAAAUCUAUUGCCGUCGAAAACCUUCCGUCGAAUCUUAUCCUUCCUAUGCAGAAGGCUGUUAUCCAGGACAGCUCGUUCAACCCGGAUUUCUCCACGACAAGUGUGAGGAGAGGGAAAAGUUUGAUCAAGGGGCAUUAUUCGAGCAAGUCGAUCAGCGCACUGCAACGACUGUUUAUUGGUGAAAAUCGAUCCAAUGACGUGCCACUUGCAACGCUUCGUGUCGCACGACGCGAUUCUCUGGGUCCACAAGACCCGAACAGUGAAGAGCUUGAAAGACAUCUCGAGAUCCUAGCCUCAAUAAAUGCUGACGCUCAAGAUUCACAAGACAUCAACGACGUGCUGUACGAACGGAGGGCACAGAAAGCUGACUUCAUCCGGGCGCAUCCAUCGUACGACAAGACCUUCUGGAUCUUUUCGCAGAAGAAUAAGAUCCGGCAAUUUUGCCAGCGUCUGGUACAGCCGGCGAACGGAGACCGCAUAUUUGGCGUUCCGCACUCGCCGCUAGCACAUUCGCUUUUUCAACUGAUCCUUCUGCUGACCGUCAUCGGCGGAAUCGUCGUCGAGGCUAUUGCUACACCUGUAUAUCGUAAGAACUUCUACAGCGAACAUGGAAAGAUAAGAGGAUCAUGGUUCGACAUUGCGGAGACGACGUUUGGACUGGUUCUCUUUGUCGAGUUCCUCAUCAAACUAAUCGCGGACGGAUUUUCCUUUACCCCAAACGCAUAUAUCAGGAGCAUCUGGAACGUGCUGGACUUGUUCAUUCUUAUCGGGCUCAUUGUCAACGUCGUAACGGGACUUAUCUUCAUCGGUGGCCUUAGUCGUUUCACCCGGUCAUUGAAGGCGCUACGGGCUCUUCGACUUAUCACUCUCAUAGAAAAAAUGCGCUCGACGUUUCAAUCGCUCAUCAUCUCUGGUGCGCUCCGUAUUCUGGAUGCAGCCAUGCUCGCUAUCCUAUACAUGAUACCGUAUGCCGUUUGGGGCCUGAAUAUCUUUCACGGCUUGUUGAAUGAAUGCAACGAUUCGAACGUCAAUGGCGUUGAUAGUUGUGUGAACGAAUACCCGAACUCGGUCAUCGGGUCUGAUGAUUCUGCGAUCACUUUCCUUGCUCCGCGUUCGUGGGAUAAUCCUUCGCCUUCAACGACUUUCUCCUUCGAUAACUUCCGGUCUUCGCUACUGAUUCUAUUCGAGAUCGUCUCGCUUGAGGGAUGGGUAGAUGCUAUGAAUGUUGCGACAAGCGCAUUAGGCCCGAACGCGCAGCCGCAAACUAACUCUGCCGAAGCGAACUCGAUUUUCUUCCUUAUUUAUAUGCAGCUUGGAGCCGUUGUUGUCCUAACACUUUUCGUCAGUAUCAUUAUCGGCAACUUCUCUUCGAAAGCGGGUCUCGCUCUAUUAACCAAGGAACAGCGAGAGUGGGUCGAUUUGCAGAAACUCAUCAAGCGACAACGACCGUCGAAGCGGCCGAAGGUCAGACCUAAAUCGAAGUUUAGAGCAUGGUGCUAUGACAGAGCCGUUCACAAACAUGGGUGGUGGUCUCGGACUAUGACUUUCCUGUUUAUCAUACAUAUCUUCGCUCUCAUGACACAAACACUGUCAACGCAGGAUGCAGUAGACGAACUACGGAACAGCUGGUUUCUGGCCAUUACACUCAUUUACGUUGUCGAUAUUAUUGUACGGUGGUUCGGACUUGGUUUUCGCAGCUUCAAGGCAAACGGAUGGAACAUUUUCGAUGUUAUCGUCGCUGUUGGAGCCCUCGUAACGACAGUGAUUGACAGGCUCGGCUCAGACAGUUUCCUCAUCGCUCAGCUACAGAAACUAUUCCUUGUUAGCAUUGCGUUCAAGCUGGUGCAAAGGACGAACAGCUUGAAUCAGUUGUUUAAGACGGCGAUGGCGAGUUUGCCGGUAAUCUUGAGUUUGCUGGCCCUUUGGUUCAUUCUGUUCUUGUUCUUUGCAAUACUCUUCGUGGAAGUGUUCAGCUUGACGAAGUGGGGUUCGGCCGAGUCGCGCACACAGAACUACUCGACUCUGGGGUCUGCACUUGUCAUGCUGGCUUUUAUGAGUACAGGCGAAGGCUGGAAUCAAUACAUGCAUGAUUACGCCCUCGUCUUUCCGCGCUGCACCCCUUCCACAGACACUGAUCCUCUGACAGACUGUGGGAGCAUAGGAUGGGCAUUCACGUUGUUCAUUGCGUGGAACAUCCUUAGCAUGUACAUCUUCGUCAACAUGUUUACUGGUGUUGUCGUCGAGAGUUUCUCCUACGUUUUCCAACUUGUCGGAGGGACGAAGGCCAUCACUCGAGAGGAAAUGCGUGCAUUCAAGAAAGUCUGGGCGGAAUUCGCGAAUCCUCGCACAGGGUACCUGGAGAAGGGUGAACUCGUCAAGUUUUUGGGUAAACUGAGUGGCGUCUUCGAAGUCCGCAUAUAUCCAGCAGAUUGCAGUGUCAAGAACGUGCUUGCCGUUACUCAAGCCAAUAAUGACACGGACCAGCCUUGGCCAGGGUCAAAUGCUGUUUUAGAGGGGAUUGAGUUAUCGAAGCUCAACAAGAUUCUAAGUGGGAUCGACAAUGCCAAGAUCAGGAAAAGGAGAACAUUAUAUUCACGGGUAUACAACGAGGCGAUGAUCUCACAGGAACCAGGGAAAGGCAUAUCGUUUACGAACAUGCUACUUAUGUUGGCGCAUCACAAACUCAUUGACGAUCGGCAAGCUCUAAGCUUGAACGAACUCGUAACGAGAACCGAGAUCAAUAAGUUUGUCAACGAUCUAGUUAAUCUCGACCGCGUCCGUUCGUUAUUGAAGACAAUUUACUAUCGUCGACAAUUCCGCGCCAUGAUGGAAGAGAAAAGACGGCAACAGAUGUUUGACCAAGACAUCCCUGCGAUCAUUGUCGAAGAUACGCCAUCCACUCCACCAACGACAUCUCGUGAUAUCACACAGGCAAACCGAGACUCCAUGGGCUUCUUCCGUGAUCCCUCAUCUUCCCCUUCUUCCCCUUCCCCGUACCAUUCACCUGAUUUGUCUAUUACACUGGAUUCGCCUUCGCGAAGGGGUCGAGGCUUGCAGAGGAAUAGACGCGUGAGUGACGUUAGUAUGUUGUCGGCGGAUUUGGGGUAUCAGUAUCCGAUCGAGACAUCUCCUGUCCGAGACUCAAUCGAGGAAGACCCUCAGCAUGUGCUUUCGUCAAUGCAGAACUCUAUGUGGGGAGAAAUGAUGCUCGAAGCUGCCGAAGACCCAGAUUCUUCUCGAUAACCUCAUCCCAUAGUCAUAGCCAUCAUUAUCGAUUGAAAACACACCCUCCUUCAAACCUCCGUUUUAAAUUCGUUUUCACUUUCCUGUUAUUUCGCAAACUUCGUCCACUCCUUUUUCGCUGACAGAUUCUUUAUCUUUAUUAUCUUUUUCUUUCUUAGGACUCUUUCCUUUGUACUUGUUCGUUCGUUUCUUUUCUCCUCACUCACUCA